CCUGCCGGAGCGGAUUGAGCUCAUUCGAGGUGAGGAUGGCGAAGGUGGCGCAUCUCCUCCUCACCUGCGGAGUUUGGCUUCUCGCAGCCACCGCGGCGACGUUGGAAGGCAGGCCAAGCGCGCAGGCGAAGGAGGCGGCUCGCUUCGCUUUGGGCCAGGCCGGCCUCCCAGGAGGGAAGGGCGGGAGCGUGUGGGCCCUCCGGUCCGCCAAGAGCCAGGUGGUCGACGGGAUCAAGUAUUACCUGGACGUUGCCUUAUUGAGGAGUGACUGCGGAACGAGCGAGUCGGAGGCCGGCGGUUGCCUCUCCGUCGCCGAGCCCGAGCACACGUCGUGCCAGUUUGAAGUCUGGACCCAGCCCUGGGCCGACCGGAAGGAACUGGUGAAGCACGAGUGCCGCCCGGCCGAGCCCUCUGAGAUCGCCCAGGUGUCAGAAUGGGGAGCCUGGGAGGUGCUUCACCCCAAAACUCCGGAUACGGAGGAGGAGGAAAAGCACUUGCAGGGCGAUUCCCUCCGCCAGAUCUCCCUUUUCAAGGACUUUGUGGCCACCUAUCAGAAGAGCUACAAGGACCAAAGGGAGGCCAAGAAGCGCUUCCAGAUCUUCGUUGAGAACUUGGAGAAGGCCCGAGUCAUCCAGCAGCUGGACCGCGGCAACGCCGAAUACGGAGUCACCAAAUUCAGCGACUUAACAGAGGAGGAGUUCCGCACCCUGUACUUGAACCCGCUGCUGGCCAAGCGGCCCACCCGGCCCAUGGAAGUGGCCCCGACCUCGGGGGACCCAGCUCCGGAGGAAUGGGACUGGAGGGACUACGGGGCUGUCACGGCCGUCAAGGACCAGGGGGCUUGUGGAUCCUGCUGGGCGUUCUCGGUCACGGGGAACGUGGAAGGGCAGUGGUUCCUGCAGAAGGGCUCCCUGGUCUCGCUCUCGGAGCAAGAAUUGCUCGACUGCGACGCCUUGGACCAGGCCUGCGGAGGGGGGCUGCCUUCCAACGCCUACGAAGCCAUCGAGGGGCUGGGCGGCCUGGAGACGGAGGGCGACUACAGCUACGAGGGCUUUGAGCAGAAAUGUAACUUCUCCAAGGAGAAGGUGGCCGUUUACAUCAACAGCUCCGUGGCCAUCUCUCGGGACGAGAAAGAGAUCGCCGCCUGGCUGGCCAAGCACGGGCCCAUCUCCAUCGCCCUCAACGCCUUCGCCAUGCAGUUCUACAGGAAGGGCGUCUCCCAUCCCUUCUUCCUCCUUUGCAACCCGUGGAUGAUAGACCACGCCGUCCUCUUGGUGGGCUAUGGCACGCGUGGGACGCUUCCGUUCUGGGCCAUCAAGAACAGUUGGGGCGAAGACUGGGGAGAAAAGGGCUACUACUAUUUGUACCGUGGAAGCCGAGCCUGUGGCAUGAACACUAUGUGUAGCUCCGCCGUCGUGGAUUAAUUAGCAACCAGGGAUUAAUUAAUUUGAUGUCUCCGAAAUGACCAAUCGGACGACAAGGAGCCUCGGACUCAGUUUGGACUCGGUUUGGAAACCAUUAAGAAGCUGCAGUAUUUAUUCUGAGAAGAAAUUAUUAUUUUCUCUGAAAUUAGGUCAAAACUUAAACCCUAUUUAUUUGGAAGGCUAAUAAUAAUAAUAAUAAUAAUAAUAAUAAUAAUAAUAAUAAUAAUGAAGUCAAAGAACCGGAUUCAGGACCCAGCAAGCAAUAGGUUAGGAAGGUGAUUAUAAUUAUUAUUAUGAUUAUUAAGUAUAUAUUUGAAUUCAAUAUUUCCAGGUUUUUUCCACACAAUAAUAAUA